CUGCUCUCAAGUCAGUCACUCUCCUGCUGCUUUCCCUGCUAAUGGCAGUACUUUAUCUUCAACUGAGUGAACAAGUCAACCACAACAUUGUUUUACCACUAAAAUAGCCACUUGACAGGCAACAAAACGAUGAACAAGACGCAAAGAUGGAUGGACACACUGGAUAAUUCAAGAUGAGCACUUCUAACUGAGGAAAUUAACUGGAAUUAAAGACGUGGACGAAAAAAAAGGAAAAAGAAUUGAGGAGCGUCUGAGGAGAAAAGAAAGCUGCACUGUAGCAGUUAACAGGAAACUCUAUGGGGGAGGAGAUUAUCAAAACCUCAGGGAGGAAGGCAGAGAGAGUGAGAGAAGGGCUGUGUGUGUGAAGUGUGAGCACACAAAUGCGUAUCAGGGGUGCGUAUGUGGGCGUUACUGCUGGUAACCAGGCGGGGGAUGGACCUUUUCUCGAGGGGAAAAGCGACUUAAUCGGCAAGGAACACAACCAGAGAAGAUAAAACCCAUGCGCAAAACACUCUCACUCUGCUAUGGACUAAAGCUUGGUGAAAGCAGCAUCCCAGGUCCCACUCGGGAAGAAACAACAACAACAUAAUGUUGUCAACCAAAUUUAUCUCAGAGAAUGAACAGAAAGUACUCUACUGAUGCUGUUGUUCCUGUUGAUGCUGAUGACGGCACUAAUGGAAAUAACUUAUUCCCCGCUGGACUCUGGAUGGACUAUGGUAACGCGCUCAGUGCAGCUCGUUCAGUUAACAAUGGUCGGAAUAGGUACUGAUGUCUAAUGUUUUACUUCUUCACCAUACGGACUACAGACUGACGUGCCUCAAAGUGGUGGUGGUGGUGGUGGUGUCUGGACACAGUGAAGCAGGGCUAGUAUGUUCCAGCUUGAACAGACAAAGUGCAGCUUCCUGUUGUGCCUGGGAAUGAGCAUUAUUGUCUGUUCAGUCAUCUAUUUGAGGGCCAGGAUAUCAGAAGAAUCCAAGCCCCUACUGCCCUCAAGUUGCAGGAGUUUCUCCAAUGAAUGUAAAGACUUUUUUCCCAUCACUGAAGAAGGAUCAGAAUGGCAACGCCAUGGCUGCGAGGUGGAAAAGUACAUUUUGUAUACUCCUCUGCAAUGUUCCAAUUUGAUAAGAGACCUUCAUUUCAUCACAACACCUCUAAGCAGUGAGGAGGCAGCCUACCCUUUAGCAUUCAUUGUGACUGUUCACAAAGAGCUGGAAAUUUUUGUGCGCCUACUGCGGGCCAUUUACAUGCCACAAAAUGUUUACUGCAUUCAUGUGGAUGCUAAGGUCCCAGGAGAGUACCAGGCAGCUGUACAGAAGUUAGUCAGCUGCUUUCCAAACAUUUUUCUCUCCAGCCGUAGCGAGAAAGUGACGUAUGCUGGGUUUUCCCGCCUGCAAGCAGAUCUGAACUGCAUGAAUGAUUUAACAAAGUCCAAGAUUGGCUGGAGGAAGGUGGUGAAUCUGUGCGGACAGGAUUUCCCUGUCAAAAGCAACCUAGAACUGGUGCGGUACCUGCAGAGCAAAGAGUGGAGGGACAGAAACAUGACACCAGGGGUCAAACAGCCAGUGUAUAUGAAGUAUAGGACACAUCUCCAGUACACAGAGGAGAGGGGAUCUGUGAAAGGACUGGGUCGGAAGAAACAUCCCCCUCCACACAAUCUGCAAGUGUAUUUUGGAACAGCCUACUAUGCUCUCACAAGGGAAUUUGUAGACUUUGUCUUGAAAAGCCCAAUAGCUCAUGACCUCUUGGAGUGGUCCAAAGACACGUUCAGUCCAGACGAGCACUACUGGGUGACACUCAACCACAUUAAAGAAGCUCCAGGUAGCUACGUAAAUGGAGGCUGGGAAGGGGACAUCAGGGCGAUCAAGUGGCGAGAUCAAGAGGGAUUUUCACAUAAUGGCUGCAAAGGGCAUUACGUACGAAACAUCUGUGUCUAUGGAACAGAAGACCUGCCAUGGAUCAUCAACAAAAACAGCAUGUUUGCCAAUAAGUUUGAGAGUAGGACCUUUCCUGAAGCACUGGACUGUCUGGAGCAGUGGCACAGGAACAAGGUGCUGAGCCAGACAACUGUUCCCAUAGACCCAUCAUGGCUGCUAGCUACACUGAGCACCUCAAGCAACAGCAGCUACUUUAACAUCACUGCUGGAGCAUAAAAUUACAGUGAAUUUCCUAAACAAAGGUUCUACUACAAUUUUUCAAUGGUUGUGAAUGUCAAAAACAUAAGCAGGAAGAAAAUGAACUGGGAAUGAAGGGAUGAUACACUGUCCAGUUAUAGUGCAGCUACUGUUCACAGGUGAUUUGUCUAUUUAUAAAAACUAUAAAUUGCCUGUUCUUUUUGAUAAUCAGGAGAUGGUAUCUAUGCCAGAAAAUCAAAAUAUUACAGUAAGGCAAUGCAGUCAAAGCAAACAAUGGCUGCAAUUUUAAGAAAAAGACAAGUGAAUAACAAAUACCAUCUAGAUUAUAUACAGUACUGAAUAAACUACUGCAUAUAUAUUUAUUACUGUUCUAUUUAAUUCAAUAUCGUUUAAUAUUUUUCACUGUGCUGGUGUUGUCCAAUGUGUCUUAUGUCAAAGUGACUGUGAGAUUAAACCCUAUAUAACAUAUACAUAAUUUUAUUUUUUUUAAAUAAUUCCUUUUUUUCUGAAAUGCUCUGCAUUGAGACACUAAGUUUACUUUUUCACUGCAUAUAAAGUAGGGGUGCGAUGAAAUCUUGUGCUAUUAAAACGUGACAAUAUUUAUCGUCGAGGUGAAAGCUGGCUCGUGACAUCGGUACAUAGCAGAACUAGAACACUCUUAUGUUCAAUUUGUUGAAAUGAGUUCAGGUAGAAGGUCACACAUAGUAUAGACCACACAGUUUCAGUUAGAAGUUGGAGGCUCAUGCACGGUUCUAAGGUCUGAAGAGACUCAUGUGAAAUCAUACAGGAGUGAAACCAGUCAGUUGAGUUUGUGGAAAAACCUUUUACACUGCUUUCAUAUUGUUGUCUUUUACUGCAUAUGACAACUCAACAAAGCUGACAACAAAGUAGAACUGCAGUGUCAAGAUGAUUAGUUAAAAGGUUUCAAAAUGCGCCUGCAUUGUUUCACAAUGACUUUUUCCAAUCAUAUAUAUCAUCACUGAAGAUUUCUUAAAUGUUAAAAUAUCAUGUGUGCAACUUCAAACCUCUGACAUGCACACAGUAGUCACAGUUUUGAAUGUACUCUAUGUACAGUGCCUUGCGAAAGUAUUUGGCCCCCUUGAACUUUGCGACCUUUUGCCACAUUUCA